CGGGGAUGUAUUGUACUGUUGAUUAUUGUAUGAAUAUAAUACUACGAAGUCCCUUGCUUUCUGGCUCUACAUAUAUAUUCCUAACCAACCAACCUACAUACAUAGUACUGCACUUACUAUACACCUGCUAGCUACCAAGCUUAUCAUACACGGGCGAGACAACAAGCGUCAUGGCGGCCCCGGCAUCCAAGACAGUUGGGGAUCUGAACGGGAAGUGGGUUCUAAACAAAGCCCUCUCCGACAGCCUCGACCCCGCGCUCACCCUCCAAGGCGUCAGCUGGUUCGUGCGCAAGGCCAUCGGCGCCGCCACCGUCACCCUGCACGUGAAGCAGUACCUCGGGCCCCCCGCGCCCCCCAGCACCAGCGCCGACCCCGUCCCCCGCAUCGACAUCGAGCAAGUCGCGACGGCCGGCGUCAAGGGCACGACGGAGAACCGGUGUCUGGACUACGAGUUCCGCGAGCACAGCGACUGGCUGUUCGGGCACGUCAAGGGGCGCAGCCGGUUCCUCGGCGUCGCCGAGCUGAAGGCGUGGGUGGCCGGGGAGGCCAAGACGGAGGGCUGGGUCGAGGACGAGUUCGCGGCGCUGGAUUGGCUCGAGGGUGACGGUGAGCAGAAGGGCCCGGCGGGCGAGACGCUGAUCGUGAACCAUGUGGUUAACCUGGAUGCUGCUGGGGGGUGGACGGCGGUCCAGGUCUGGGGGUUCCAGAGCGUGGGGGGCGAGAGGAGGUAUACGAGGAAUAUUGUGGUCGCGAAGGGGGAGCAGUUUGUGAAUUUCAAGAUGGUGUAUGAUUAUAUCGGCGACGAUGCUUAGUGGGGGUAGCUAGGUAGGCGUGGUAUGCUCCGGGACUAAUCUUUCGGUUUUAUUAUUCAGUUAAGGGGUCAGUAGCCUGAAUAGAAGGGGAAGCUGAUAUCUAUAAAUAUAUAUACACAUCAACGUCAAUCGGCUCGGGUCUCAGGGAUAUUAGGUAUAAUAAACACAUCUCGCGAUUUAAGGUCCAUGUCCUCACUUUCUGUUGAA